GAAAGAGAUGCAAGCGCCACCGCGUCGUCAACAGCCGCGCCCCACACCACCAGCGAUCGGUCGAUCAGGAGGGCAGGAGUAAUUAGCGGGCAUAAACAAAGCUUUCCCCACACACCGUGUCUGUUCCCGUGCCGAGCUGUGCGUGCGGCUCAUCGUUUCCAGAAAAGCGAAUCGGAAAAUGUUCCCAGAGUGCCACGGACGUGUACCACAGAAUCGUCCCCCCCGCUGCUAGUGUUUUUUUUCGCUCGUUCGGUGAUCAACAGCAGCAGCGGAAAUGGUGACCGUAAUUUGUCGAUCAUCCCUCCUGGCGGUGCUACUUAUAUCGGUGUGUACCCGGAUGGUGGUUACCGAAAAGCGAUCCUUCUUCGGUUGCUAUGAACGUGAUCGCUUUGCCCGGCUUGCCAUGACGACCGAUAGUUUGGACGAGUGCGUCAACAAUUGCGAAGAAAGCUUCCAUCGAUAUGCGGUGCUGUCCGAUUCUCGGUGCAGUUGCACCAACACGAUCCGUACGCGUGUCGUCGAGGAUCGCGAAUGUGGACUGGCCUGUGGCAAACAACCGGACAUGAGCUGUGGUGGGGUGAAUGCGCAAAGUUUAUAUGAAACCGGCAUCGAAGUGGCCGGUCCGGUGCGUAAUCUGCGUCUCGAGAACAGCAGUAAACAGGAAGCGACCAUCACGAUCCGCUGGGAUCUACCAGCGGAAGACGGUGCUCAGGUGGAACAGUUUCAGAUCAUUGCCGAAGCGACGCGUUCGUACGCGAGCUAUCGGAUCCAUCCACUGCGAUGGUCCCUACCGAACACCACCAGCACGUUCGAGCUGUCCAACCUGACACCCGGUACGGAUUACAACGUAACGGUCGUUUCAUUGUCCCCGAAAGGGGAAGGUGGUCGAGCCAGCAUACUAGGUAGCACGGAGAUCGGCAUUCCCGACCCAGAACCCGAAGAACCGAUCAUUUUGCGUCGCCUUGGGUCAACGAUAUUGAUCAAAAUCCCGCGAGCGAUCAACAAUAACGGUCCCGUUAGCUACUAUCGCGUCGUGGUGCACUACGUUAACGGGGAGCUGAUACAGCAGAUCGACGAAAGUCAACUGAACACGUUUCAGAAAUCGAAGGAAAACCGAGUCCCGUAUUAUAUUGCCGCCGAACUGGAGAUGAAGGAUGACGAUUCGCUUCACUUUACGGUCGGUGAUGGGCGAGAGUAUCGCAGCUACUUCAAUCCACCGAUCACGGUCCGAGCGCACGUGCACAUCUCGAUCGGUGUGGUGAGCGUUCGGAAUCACGUCGUCAAGGUACGCUAUGCGACGACCACACACGAGCAGCACCAGUAUCCCGAUCAUCAGCACGUGAAUCUGAAAACGGUGGAAAUCGAACGAAACGAAACACUCAUAACGAUCCUUACCGUCGCCUGCAUCCUGUUCGGUAUCGUGCUAACGGCGGCCAUCAUUCUCUACAUCUAUCUGCGUUACAAGACACCUUCCGCGAAUCCACGGCCCUUUGCCGAUCACCACGAGCUUACGCUACAAGGCCCCAUCCUGGAGGUGGAGAACAAUGGCUUCAUGCCGGACAUUUACGAGCAGCGUGGAUUCGAAGCGGAACUGCGUGACAUAAUCGAUGGGCUGGAGCAAUCGAAGCAUCACGCCCGGAAGUACCUUAGCCUGAACAUUAACCACAUACUGGGUAGUGGAAAGUAUGGUGAUGUACUGGCCGGUAGCUUACAGCAAGGCCAAGACCAAGACAUACCGGCACAUGUCCACGUCGUCACGGACGAUAUGGAGAGCGUAGAUCAAAUAUCUUUUUUGAAUGAAUUCCGACGUCUGACGGCACUGGAGGAGCACGCCAAUGUGAUCCUGUUCCUGGGUGUCUGUGUAACGCCCGACUGGUGCUAUCUGCUGUUUGAGCAGAUGCAAACGACGCUGAAGCAAACGCUCCUGAAUGCCCGCGUCCCGAGCAACGUGAAUAGUGCAAAGUUUUCGACCAUUUCGGAGGAGAUCGUGGUUAAUAUACUGUGUCUGGUGUGCGAUGGUAUGCAGUUUCUGGCGGAUAAUAAUCUGAUGAGUAAGAAGCUGUGUGCUCGCACCGUAUACGUGAACACCAAAUUCGAGGUCAAGGUAAGCGCCUUCGGUCCUCCGUUGUACGCGGAAGGAACGGAGAAAUGCAUCGACAUUGCACGCUGGCACGCACCGGAAGUUAUCAAGUUUCAGAACCAUAGCGUGAAAGGGGACGUAUGGUCAUUUGGUCUGCUGAUAUGGGAGAGCUGCUGCCUAGGUGCAACACCGUUCGGGUCGACGACCACGGACAAUCUGUUUGCCGCCAUACGGGCCGGCCAGAAGCCGGAACGGCCCGCGUUCAUGUUCGAAGACCUGUACCAGCUGUGCCUGAACUGUUGGGAUUUGGAUGCGAGCGAUCGGCCCAGCUUCAUCGAACUGCGCAACUAUCUGCGACAAACGCUACCGAUGCUCCGGUACUUGCUAUCGUUCGAGCGAAAGCAAAGUUUACAGUUGCCCCCGUACUUACCUCAUCUGGAAAUGGUCGAAUGAUGCUAACAAGAGUAGUCUAAAAGAACAAAACAUUCCGUCCAGCGCGUGGGCAUCCCAACGAUGCCCGCGCUUAUUAAAUGUUAGUUUAAAGUUUAUUUUUUUACUCUUAAUAAAGAAAACACCUUAAAUUGUAAGUUU